AUAUACAUAACUUGCACUUAUGGGGAGGGCAGGUGGAAUAAGGGAGAGAAAUGGCGGCGUUAGUUCCUUCCUGGUAUUGUAGGGUAGUACUGACUUCUUUAUUACGUUUGAGAGACAAAAACAGAAUACAUGGCGCAUUUACUGCUCAGUAACUCAUAAGCAGCAUUUAUUCUUUUCGUUUAAAUACACUACAUUAUCGCCACAAAUGACAGGAAAUAGGUUCGGUCACGUGAGUGGCUGGGUAAUCACGUGACUCGGAAGUAAAUGCGCGCAUUGCAAUGGUCUGUGGAAGUUGCGGCUGAGCUACAGGGGUGGAUGGUUUAGAUUGUAUGUGGCCAUGCCGAGACGGGAUUGGAAGACCCUUGAGGCGCUGCAGGAGUCUCCCAAGGGGAAGCUGAGAUAUGACACGGAGUGGAGCCUGGAUGAAGAGGAAUUGCUUGAACGCAGUAUGGCAUCGUGCAUGUUGUCUCCGCACUCAGCUUGGGUGCUGGAUAAUAUGGUUUCACCAGUGCAGCGCCAUACUUCUAACACCAACAGCCUGUCCACUCAGGAAACCAGGGGCUCCUACUCCGUGAAGGCUGUUUCACCUGACUUUGAAACUGAUUUUUCAGAUUUUGUUAUAAAGAAGACCCCAGAGAGCCAUCAAGACUCAAUGAAGGCAGAGACGUCUCCCAAGUUGUUGUCUGAAAUAUCAGCCGAAGUGGAAGGCUCCAUUUAUUUGUAUAGGGAGGCUGAGAGGAUAAAAAUGCAGAAUAAAAUUCAAAAGCGCCUGGAGAUGUUUGUGCAGUAUGAGAAGAACUUUGCAGACCAGGCUACGGAGCAGCUUAAGCGCUUUGAGGAGAUGAUGGAGUUGAAGCAGAGACAAGAGAGGGAUAGAUUACAGGAGCAGUUGGAGGAAGGUUCAAAAGAAGCCUUAGGACAGCAGGAGAAGCUAAAGGAAGAACACCGGACAAGGGCCAAGCUCUUGAACAGGAAGUUGCGGGAAGCAGAGCAGCAGAGGCAUCUGGAACAGGAACGCAUCCGCCAGGAGGAGGGCCGUGAUCGUGAGCGCAGGCUUUGCUUUUUGCAGCAGGAGGUUCUCCAGCUGGUCCAACAAAUUGAAGUGGACUACAAACACCAGGAGACACUCCGUAUGGACCUCUCUGCCUACAGCCAGCGCGGGAACCAAAUAUGUGGAAUUCUGUCCAGCGUUGUGCGUUCCAGUGAGAGUGGGUUUCCCACCCAGGAAGAUGUGAAUGUUGGGGAGCGUUCUCUGCAGGAGAUGCAGGCACUGGUCAGCUCCAUGCAAAAGGAAGUCAGCGCUGCUGAGGAGAGAAGGAAAGCAGAAGAAGUGGCUGAGAGAGUGAAACAGAAAGAAUUAGAGAAACAGCAGACAAAGGCACAAGCACCUGCACCUGCUCAGACCCACCAAAAAAGCCAAAAAGAAGGACUGCAGGAAAAAGCCUCUCCGUGUAUAAUGAAGAGCUAUCAGCAGCUACAGAAUAUGUGUGAGCAAAGCCUGAACGACUUUGCCCCACUUCAGGAUGCCAGAGACCCAAAGGUUAAGGCCAUCAGAGGAGAUCUCCAGAAAGCCAUAUAUAUUCCAGUCAGCCAGAUCUCGUCAAAAGCAGGAUCUAAUCUGAAGGAGAUUUUUGAAAAAUUAAAUAACUUGCUCCUUGGCAAACGGGUCUCCUCCUUUGGCUCCUCGAUGAUCUCUGUGUCGCAGCACCCGCAAGCCUUGGACUUUGUAUACUACAAGCUAGCUGAGAAGCUUGUGAAACAAGGUGAGGAGGAAAUAGCUUCCCAUCACGAAGCAGCAUUUCCAAUAGCAGCGGUGGCUUCUGGUAUCUGGGAGCACCACCCGAAGGUGGGGGAGCUGUUUCUGGCUCAUCUGUACAAGAAGUGUCCAUAUGCUUUGCCUUUCUACCCUGCUUUUAAGGAAGGAACCUCCAUAGAAGAAUAUCAGAGGAUUCUAGGUUACAAAGUGGAGGAUUCUCAGGUUGAACAACAAGAUAACUUCCUUAAAAGAAUGUCAGGAAUGAUUCGCCUCUAUGCUGCUGUCAUGCAGAUACGGUGGUACUACAGCAACAAGCAAGAGUCUCAUCCUCAUGGGCUGAAUUAUGCAUGGCAAUGGCUGGGGCAGCUCCUUAACAUGGAGCCCGUAGCUGACAUCACUUCGACUCUUCUCUAUGAUUUUUUGGAGGUGUGUGGGAACGCAUUGAUGCAGACGUACCAUUUCCAGUUUUGGAAGCUACUGCUGCUGAUUAAAAAUGAAUAUUUACCCAGGAUUGAAAUUAUAAGCACGUCGGCACAAAUGGGGUCUGUCACUCGACUUAGACUUUUUCUUGAGAACUCCAUAAAGAAGAAUGAAAUCCCCUUACCCAAGGGAUACCUAAGUCAGUCCUUCUGGAGAUCCUGAUGUUGCGCCCUUUCUCUGAAACAAAGCCUUCCCCUCUGGAUCACUAAAUGUGCUUCAAAUUCCAUUUACCCCUAUUUAUGAUUUGUGUUUUUAAUUAUAUUUCCAUAAAUGUUUUAACCCCCUUUAAAACCCUAAUUUUUGUUUUAUUAAAUGAUGUUGUUCUGUACUCUGAAAUGCUUUACACAAAACUCAUAGGGGAAAAAACUGCAUAAUAAUGAAUUCUCUGUGAGGGUAAGGGUUACAUAGCUGUAGUAGUUGCCACAUUUACCCAUGAUGGCUUCUGUCGGUAGAU